GCCAUCCACCACGCUAUGUGUAUCGAACCCGGUUCAGGUGGGUGUGUUGGCCCUGUUGCAUUGACUUUGUGGGGAGUAUAAAAGGCGACCCUCCGCAGUGGAGUUUCAGUCUCCAGUCUCCAGUUUUCCCCAGAUUCGAGCAGUGUUCUCCAGCCUACAGUCACCAUGCAGAGCUAUGCGACACACGCGGAGAUGAAGGACGCGACCGGGCGCAACACGGAUCCCGAGAAGAGAGAUAGCGAGUUCGUGCCUGACUAUGAGAAUCCGUUUGGGAAUGAGGAGACGGGCGAGGUCAAGUAUCGCACGCUGGAGUGGUGGCAAUGCGGAAUGAUCAUGAUCGCAGAAACAAUCUCGUUGGGAAUCCUGUCCCUCCCCUCAGCCAUGGCCACCCUCGGUCUCGUCCCCUGCAUCAUCCUGAUCAUCGGCCUCGGCCUCGUCGCUACAUACACCGGCUACGUCCUCGGCCAGUUCAAGCUCGCAUACCCACACAUCCACAGCAUGGCCGACGCCGGCGAGGUUAUGCUGGGCCGCUUUGGGCGUGAAGUCCUGGGCGCCGCGCAGCUGCUCUUCCUGAUUUUUAUUAUGGGCAGCCAUAUCCUUACAUUCAUCGUCAUGAUGAAUACCCUCACCGAGCACGGCACUUGCAGUAUCGUGUUUGGGGUUGUUGGCCUGGUUAUCUCGUUUGUCUGUUGUUUGCCGCGGACGCUGAGGAAGGUUUCUUGGAUGUCCAUUUCUUCAUUCGCCAGUAUCGUCGCCGCAGUGCUCAUCACCAUGAUCGCAAUCGGCGUCCAGCGCCCAGGAAGCGGCCAUGUAGACGUCACCACCAGUCCAGCCUUCUACGAGGCUUUUCUCGCCGUGACGAACAUCGUCUUUGCAUACGCCGGCCACGUCGCCUUCUUCGGUUUCAUAUCUGAGAUGAAGGUUCCCACCGAGUACCCGCGCACGCUGUACAUGCUUCAAGGCACAAACACAACUAUGUAUACUGUCACCGCGAUCGUGAUAUACCGCUAUGGUGGGGCCGAUGUUGCGUCGCCGGCGCUAGGGAGCACGGGGCCUUUGUUGUCGAAGAUUGCGUAUGGAAUUGCGAUUCCGACGAUUGUGAUAGCAGGCGUGAUAAACGGACACGUCGCAUGCAAGUACAUCUACGUCCGGCUCUUCCGCGGUACGGACCUGAUGCACCAACGCAGUGUGCGCUCGAUUGGGACGUGGGUGGUGAUCGGGCUGGUGCUGUGGACGAUAGCGUGGAUCAUCGCCGAGGCGAUUCCGGUGUUUAACGACCUGCUGAGUUUGAUUACGGCGUUGUUUGCGAGUUGGUUUACUUACGGAAUGAGCGGCAUUUUCUGGCUGUUCCUGAAUAAAGGACGGUAUACCGAGUCGAAGAGGAAGGUGUUCCUGACUGGUGUGAAUCUGAUUAUCUUUGCAAUUGGCGCGUGCCUAUGCGGACUGGGCCUGUAUGUCUCGGGCAAGUCGAUCCACGAUAACCCCAGCAGCGCCAGUUUCUCGUGCGCGGAUAAUUCGGAGUGAGAAAGUGACAUUGUUGUCGCUCGGUUAUCUAGAAUGUAUUAGUUAUCCCUGGUAAAGAGACGUUGAUUUAUAUAGUGGCGGGCUGCCCCGAUGCCAACUUCCAAGACAAUUGAAGGCUUGUCAACAGUGUCAAACAAUGCAACCCAAGAAUAAAGACGAUUCCCCAGAUUCCCCAGUAUAUGUCAUAAAGCCAAGAGCCAACUCUUACCCUUGUCCCUCG